CCUGAGUUGUUCUUCCACGGCGUGUUAAGUGUGGUUAUUGAAAGUGAAUUGGAGGAUCAUGCCUCGUGUUGUGGAAAAUAAUACACACAAUUUCGGAAAUAUAAAUAUAUUUUUUUCGGGAUCGGGAUAUUUAGAAUUCUAUCUGCCACUAUCAAGAUAUGCGUAGAAAAAAAAGAAAAAUUGUCAAAAAAGACGAAAAUGAUUUUUUUACAAGUUGCGAAAAAUUCUUCAGAAAUAUAAACAUAUUUUUUCGGGAUUUUGUCUAUUUUUGGCUUGGUUUUCUCGUGGCGUAACAUGUUUUUCUUCUCAGAUUCUAAUCGAGAAAGGGGAAUUGAAUAUCAUAAAUCGUUAAAGGUCUACGUGUGGGUGUUCACGGAAUAAUUUACGUCGUGGUGUUAACGAUUCUAUUGAAAAUCGUUGUGGACAAGGGGUCCGCAAAAUUUCCAGAAUUUCAAACAAACAACAGGAUUGCUCUGGACAGUUGGAAAUGGAAGAAAUUGAAUUCCACAGGAAUAAAUUAGAUUAUAGGAAAUUGCAUUCUCUUUUCGGUGAGGGUGAGACCCUGCUUUGGGCAGAUUUGUGUGUGUGUAGGUGUGUAGGUGGGGGAGAUCAAUAACACAGAGAGAAAAUUGAGGCUUUACGCAAUAUCGUCAUUAUACAUAAUUCCAGAACAGGUUUAAUAAUAUUUCGUACCGUGAGGGAUUACUUUUCACGGUUUAAUAAGGAAAUCUAUUUUGAGACGCACGGGUAGAUUUCUGAGCAAGCAAAUUGGUAAAGUUUGUCCUAUGAAAAUGGGCGGGUGACCUGGCUGAGGAUUUACAUAUUGGAUUGCUUUAGUCCAACUCCAAAAAUAAUGGAGUUUGCAUAUGUAUGUAUGCGAAAAUGGUGUGGGUGUGGGUGUGGAUAUGCACGUGUUAGGUAACUGCCUCGGAGAAAGAGGACAGAUUUAAUUUAAUUGCAAUACUUUGUAAUUUCUUUGUUCUCCAUUUCCAACUUUUAAUUAGCCAUGAUUAUUAAAAAUAUGGGAAAGUUAUGGGAUUUAGGUUCGUUUACGGGUGGUAUGAUAAAUUGACAAAGUUGGGGAGUGCAGCUUGUUGUUUAAUUUGGGUUAAGGAAGUAUUAAAUAAGUUGAUAAUUUAAGGAUGGGAUAAGCAAUUAUAAUUAUAUUUAUUCGACGGAUAUAUAAUAUUUUUGUUCUGUUUUCCUGGCAUAUAAGUGAUGUAUCCAUAAUAGAUAAGCACUGAUUUAGUGAGGGUGGCUGAAAUGGAAAGUGGUGAAAUUUAAAUUCCAAGUUGAAACUGAGGGAGCAAUUAGUUUAUUAAUAAUCUCAAUUUUACUUAUUUAUUUAUAUUUUAGAAAUACUGAAUAAGCAGUUUUUCAAUUAUGCUCAUGACAGGUCUUAAUCAUGUCGUUUUUCUUUAAUUGUUAGACACCGGCGUUUCAAAUUUGAACUCAAUUAAUGUGUGUGAUACAUGUACAUAUAUACCAUAGUAGGUACACAUACACACAUAAUAUGUAUGUAUGCGUUUAAUGGGUGUAUAAUGCGUACAACAAUGACCGGAAAUAAAUCCCGGCUCUGAUUUCUGUGUUGAAUUCCAUGAGGUGCCUCGCAUUCGUGCUGACAUCGUCCUUAUGCAGCACGCUGACCUUAGCCGAGCCCCCGGGGGGUGGGCCCACCUAUAACGGAGUGAGAUACGCCGGUCCCAUCGUGUACAGUAAUGAGAUGCCGCCAAUCAUACAUUUCCCACCGCCACCAAAAGGGGCAAGUCUUUCCGGGUCUGGAUGGGGAGGACAUGGGCCAAGUCAAAUUAAAUAUAUUCCAAUGCCGCAUCACGACCUGCCCGUUUUAAUCUAUCAGUCCGCAAAUAACCCUCCGAUUCAUGUGGUAUCUCCGCCUCAAGGAUCGUCAUCGUCGUCGUCCUCUGCGGCUGAGUAUGGUCCUCCUACGCAGAAUUCGUUCGAAUUUUCGAAUAACAAGGUCGAGUACGGAGUUCCUAGUUCGGAAUAUGGGGUAGGCCAAUCUCAACCUUCCUCUUCGUAUGGUCCGCCACAGAGUCAGUAUGGAGUACCAAGUCAAAAGCCGGGUCCAGUUUAUGGUCCACCCCCACCAGUUUCUCAGCCACAGGCUUCCUAUGGUCCACCCCCAGCUUCUUCGCCACCACAGGCUUCUUAUGGCCCUCCUCCAGCUGCAUAUGGUCCUCCAAAACAGGCCUCCUACGGCACAUCAGACCACCAAGAAUCUGGGUGGAUGCCAGGCCCACCACCGGCGAGCUUAUCUGGCGGCGGGUGGGGUCGACCACCACCUCCACCCCCACCACCACGACAAAGGAAACCAGCUCCCCACAUAAUUUUCAGGGGGCAACCACCCGUGCAUGUGAUGAAUCAUGCCCCACCACCACCACCCCCACAGGCUCCCUGGUCCUUCGCUAGCUCAACAAGCUAUGGUCCCCCAGCGCAUGGUGGUGAAACUCAGUACGGGACAUCGUUGUCCUCAUUUUAUCAGGACAGUCAACAAUAUGGUCCACCAAAACAGCAUUACGGAUCACACAAUAGUGGACGUGGAUCAAAAAUGAUAAGUUUUUCUUAUGGUCCACCCACUUUCGCACAGAACAACCAUCAACAUCAACCAGUUGAAUCUUACGGUCCCCCAGCUCAAAGUUCACCUUCGUACGGUCCCCCAGCUCAAAGUUCACCUUCUUAUGGCCCCCCAGCAUCCACACCCGCAGCCUCGUACGGAGUCCCACUUGGCGAGCCAAUCUCAUCCUACUCGUCUCACGUUGGAUCCUCUUACGGAGCUCCCGAAUUCGGAGGAUAUUCGUCCUCAAACUCCUUUUCUUCUCACUCAAACCACCACGGAUUCGUCUCAAAUUCGUACGGCCGACCACCACAACGUCCAAAGAAUAGCUUGCUCUCCUCGAUGAUUUCAUCCUUCGCGUCUCCCUCCUCUUUUAGACCACAAAAGCACAGGUCUAAAUACGCCAUUGCACCGACGAGUUGGCAUAAACCACCAAUUAUCAUCUACGCCGGGAUUAAGCCCCCAGUCCACGUGUACAAGAAGGAGGAGAGUGGUGGGUAUGCAGAAUCCGCGCCCACUGCAAGUGUAGCAAACCCUACGCCAGCAUCGACAGGUUAUGAGCAAUCGUCUCAAUCUCAUUUUACGGACAAUGUCGAUAUCACGUACGGUACUGGGAAUUCGGGGGGAGGUGAAGUCUACCUUCCUUCCGCCUCUGUUCCACGACCAACCAUCAUCAAACCACAGGCGCAACCUUCUCUCCGAACAAUUUAUGUUUCCGGUCUAUCUUCCUCCGGAUCGAGCGGACCCUUUAAAACAUUCCUGGUCACAAACACGAAUCCCGUGAAGGUCGAAAACGUGGGUUUCACCCGUCCCAGCGGUGCCCUGCCUUCCGUCGAGUCCUCCUCCUCCUCCUUGACUGACUCCAGUUUCGACCUGGACACGGCAGCCUCGACAUCCGCAAUUUCUCCGGAAGCGUUCACCGCCCAACUGCAAAACCACCUUCCACGCAACUCGCUCGCCACCUCGUUCCAAAAAGCGACCGUUAUUCAUGAACAUGUCGCAGAAUCUCGCAUCUUGCCGUCCAAUUUGGACAACAUUUUUGAAAAUUAUAAACAAGCUGAAGCUGAAUCAGAGUCAGCUCAAGCGGAGCGGAGGUCAGAUUCGGCGGAAAAUGUGAGCAUCAAUGUCCCCCUUUCGCUAAUAGUGUCGACCGAGUCGACGGAAACUGUGGCAUCGACAGAGUCAGAUCACACUACCUCCACAACGACGGACGCUUCAACGUAACGUAUAACGUAGGAGUCAGGAGUCCGUUAUUAUGUGAAAUAAUGCAAUGCAAAAAUUGUUGUCAUUUUGUUUGCUAAAUGUGCUCAAAGAGUUUAUACUUGAAAUUUACAUUUUUGAUAAUUUUUGAAAGAUAAUAUAAGUUAUAAAUAGUAUUUAAUUUAACUCAAGUUGCCAAAGUUUAAAGGGGCUCACAUACGUAGUGGAAAUUUGUUCGUUUCUUGUUGCAAAUUCCGCAUAUGUAAAUGAUAUGUAUACAUGGAUGGAAGUUUUGUAUGUUUGAAUGGUUGCUGAUUUUACAGUUCUAUUAUUUAAGUAGAACAUGUGUAUUGAGAUUUUAGUAAUUUUCUUACUCAAUAUUAUUUAUUGAAUUUUAUAUAUUUUUAUAUCUUCUUCACAAAACUAUAUGUGCCUAUUUUUCUAUGUAUUUCAUCUCCUGCGACUUAACGAAAAUGCAUGUUGUUACACACACAGGUUCAAAUGAGAAGUAAUAAAUAGUAUUGAAAAGUAAA